CUCGAUUAUUAUCUCCCGCGCGAGUCGCACCGGCGCACGGAUUAGCACAUUGUUAUCGGCGGCACCAGUGCACCACUAGCCCAGGGCCGCAGACGCGCAACGGCGCGCGAACAUCCGGCCGGACGAUAACGACCUUGACGGUCCGUGCCUCGAACAAUCGUGGAGAUUAUCAUUAUCAUUUAUAAUAUAUUUUUAUCAUCACCGCUGUGGUCGUCUCGUUAUCAACACCGGCGGGAGUCCGCGGUCCGAUACCCACACCACUGACUGACUGAACCGCUCGCGCUCCCUCUCCUCAGCAAGUUGCGCGGUACCUAUUUUCGCCCGCAGUUGUACACACUCAGUCGUUCGAGUCGGACGGAACUGCUCUUGUUCCCUGUUGAAAUUGCGAUUUAUUUUCAACUCAGCCAUGCGUUUGGGUACAGUCGUUCCGGACUUCUCCGCCGUCACCACCAAAGGUCCGAUAAACUUCUACGAAUGGGUCGGUGAAUCAUGGUGCGUUUUGUUUUCUCAUCCCUCUGAUUUCACACCGGUAUGCACCACCGAGUUGGGCAAAAUGGCCGUGCUGGUCGAUGAAUUCACAAAACGCAGUGUCAAAGUCUUGGGUCUGUCAUGUGAUAAGUUGGAAAGCCACGUAGAUUGGAUAAAUGACAUCAAAUCAUAUUGUCUAGACAUUAAGGGAGAAUUCCCAUACCCCAUUAUUAGUGACAGCACGCGAGACUUGGCUGUACAACUAGAUAUGAUCUCCGAAGAAGACAAGGACAAUGUUGAGUUGGCAUUGACCAUUCGAUCUCUGUACAUUAUUGGACCCGACAAGAAGGUUAAACUCAUGAUGGUUUAUCCGACCAGCACUGGUCGUAAUAUUCAAGAAAUUUUACGUUGCAUUGAUUCACUUCAGUUGUGUGAUAGAAAAAAUACCAUUGCUACACCUGCAAAUUGGGUGCCCGGUGAAAAAGUUAUGAUCCUGCCAACAGUAAAAGAUGAAGACCUCGAUACACUCUUUCCAAAUGGUUAUGAAAAACGCUCAAUGCCUUCUUCAGUUGAUUACUUGAGAACAACUACCGAUUAUUAAAAUACAUCAUUGCUUGAGUCUGUUAUUCACAUUUAUUUAAAGAGAUUUAUUUUUUAAAAUAAAUUAUGAUUUGUUAAAAUUAUAGUUUAUAAUAUUAAUUGAUUAAAUUAACUUUUAUAAUAUAAUCGAUACUUUUUACAAACAGUUUUAUUUAUUUUUGGAUAUUGUGGUUAUCAAAUUAUAUUAUAUUAUAUUAUUAUCAUUAAGAGAAUGUCACACACGCAUGUGUUGUCUCCGUCUUACAGAUGUACAACAUAGCAAAAACUGUUUUGCGCAGGACAACUUUUCUCGCACAAUAUUUGUUGUAGAACUACCAAAUUUUCACAACACGUAAAGAAGAAAUUUAGCUGUGCAACAGCGUGGUCUUUUUUUUAAUAGCACUAUCCAAUCAUUUUUUAUAAGUAAAUGAAAAAAAAACAAAAUGUUUAGAAGCAAAUAACUUUUAUGAAAAUUUGGAGCCACUACUACAAACACAGAAAGAUAAAAGUUGUCCUGCGCAAAACAGUUUUUGCUAUUUUGUACAUAAUAUGUAGGAUGAAGAAAACACAUGCGGGUGUGAUAUCCUCUUAAUACUAAAUUCAAAAGCUAAUAUUAGACCAAUAUCACAAAUUGUAUUACCUCUAUUACUUUUUACAUUCUUCUUACUACUUAAACAAAAACUUACAUUACUAUAACAAACACAAUAAUUUAUAAUAUUAAUAAAAAAAGUAAAAUAUAAUAAAUCACUAUUCAAGUGUUAUAAAAGCUAUAUCUCAUAUUUUAAGUCAAUAAGCUAACUGGUUUAUUUAUACAAAAAUAUACAUCAUUUUUUAACAA